AUGGGGACUUCAGUGUGUGUUCGCUGGGCGCACUUGGACGCAAAUAGAUGGCAAAAGAUCUGGCGGAGCCAGGUGAGCGCGCAGGGCUUCACUUUGGACCCUUUCCGUGGUCGGGAUGGAGCGCCCGCCGUCCCCUCUUGCACCCCUGGCUAUAAAGUGUUUUGUUUGGUCUCGUUCCUGGUAGGUAGCACCUGGCUCCUUCUCUUGCUGUGCUGCUCAUACAUCUCCUUCUGCUUUUACAGGGAAGUUUUCAAAGCAAAACAUCGUCAAACAGGCAAGAAAGUAGCACUGAAGAAAGUGUUGAUGGAAAAUGAGAAGGAGGGGUUCCCCAUCACAGCCCUGCGAGAGAUUAAAAUCCUCCAGCUGCUCAAACACGAGAAUGUGGUGAACCUCAUAGAAAUCUGCAGGACCAAAGCCUCUCCAUACAACCGCUGUAAGGGAAGUAUCUACCUUGUGUUUGAUUUCUGUGAGCAUGACCUGGCUGGCCUUCUCAGCAACGCCCACGUCAAGUUCACACUCUCAGAGAUCAAGAAAGUUAUGCAGAUGCUAUUGAAUGGACUUUACUACAUCCACAGGAACAAGAUCUUGCAUCGAGACAUGAAAGCCGCGAAUGUCCUGAUCACGCGGGAUGGAGUCCUGAAGCUGGCCGACUUUGGGCUGGCUCGAGCUUUCAGCCUGGCUAAAAACAGCCAGCCGAACCGCUACACCAACCGGGUAGUGACUCUGUGGUACCGCCCACCAGAGCUGCUCCUAGGGGAGCGAGAGUAUGGCCCCCCCAUUGACCUCUGGGGUGGAGGCUGCAUCAUGGCAGAGAUGUGGACCCGCAGCCCCAUCAUGCAGGGGAACACAGAGCAGCACCAGCUCACUCUUAUCAGCCAGCUCUGUGGAUCCAUCACGCCAGAGGUUUGGCCGAAUGUGGACAAAUACGAGCUGUACCAGAAGCUGGAUCUCCCCAAGGGCCAGAAGCGCAAGGUCAAGGAUCGCCUGAAAGCCUACAUCAAAGAUCCCUAUGCGCUGGACCUCAUCGACAAGCUGCUGGUGCUGGAUCCCGCCCAGAGGAUUGACAGUGAUGACGCACUGAACCACGACUUCUUCUGGUCAGACCCUAUGCCCUCGGACCUCAAAAACAUGCUGUCCACCCACAACCAGUCCAUGUUUGAGUACCUGGCCCCACCACGCAGGAGGGGUGGGCACAUGCCCCAGCAGCCAGCCAACCAAGGCAGGAAUCCUGCUGCCACCAACCAGACUGAAUUUGACAGGGUGUUUUGAGUGGGGACUUCCUCAGCGGAGUCCUGGGGGGGCUCUCCCGUGGGGUGUGUUGAACGGGGAUGUCCCCGUGGAGUCUAUCUGUCUGGGAAGGGACUUAUUUCAAGGCAAAGUGCCUGCCGGUUUUAACCGAGCUCUGCUGCCUGCUCUCCUUGCACAGCAGCUCUGUUGCAGAGGAGCUGUGGGACUGUGUGUGUGAGCGGGGAGGUGAGACAUGCAAGCCCAGGGUUCUCUGCUGCUUUGGCACAAAGCCUUGGCCCCCUUGAAACAAUCUGUGUAUUGGUUACGUGAAUCUUGUGGAUCAAUUGUUAUGGACCCGGUGAUGGAGAAGGUGGCUCAGUCACUGCUGGAGCGCUGAGGCUCUCCGCAAAUGGUGCGGUGGCCAGCAGGACUGGGGGAGCAGCAGCCAUGGACCAGACUGGGCCCUACUGGGAACUGUCUCAAAUCUCUGCGUUGGUUAUAGUUCCCUCAUGGUAUGGUAUAUCCUUUGAGCACUGUUUGAAGGGUUGAUGUAGGAUGAGGCAGGUGCCUCUGACUAACGUGGAUAGGGCGAGCAGAGUCACUCUAGACAGUAGGACCAACUCUGACUGGAGUCUGGGCUCUAGACCAGAAAGGGACUUAUUGGGCAAACCAGAGAGGUGGGUCACAGAGCUGGUUGCUCCAUACAACCAGGAUUUUUGGCGGGGGCGGGGGGAGGUCAUUGAUCUCGGUAACAGCACUCAGUAGCCAUGCUUUCUUGGUUGCAAACUGCAAUUAAGAUUCUUGUCCAGCACACUCGGCGUUCUGCGUGCUUUCCCUGCAGCGCUAACUGUGGCAGGAGGUCAGAUCUGGAAGGGAGUUGGAAGCGCUGCCUUCGGUCUCUGGGGCGCGGGUCUGCUCUCCAGCUGCCUGCAGGGCUUUCACAGUGGUGGGAUAGUGCUGGCAAAGCCAGGCCAGGAGAGUGCAGCUGUUCUUACCAACGCUUGCAUGUGCACUCCACUAUCCUGGAGCUCCUUGCAUGAGUCUAGAGUAAGAUCACUGCCUUCCCCAGAUGCAGAGGUUAGACAUGCACGCUGUGAUGGUGUGUGUACACCUCGUCCUGCCAGAGCUUGUUAAGACCGACUUAUAGGUGGCAAGUGCUCCUUCAGACUGCUGCAGCCAAUGCAUUUACUCUGAACUAAGUUUAGUCUUCCACAGUUGUCAACUGCAGCUGGGUAUCUUCUCUGAAAGCCACAUGGGUCCCAAGUCUUUUGAAUAAGUAACGUGUCCAAAACACAGUGGACGAUAACCUUUGGCAUUUGAUAGGUUGUCCGUUAACUAGACUAAUGGCAAAAGCCUCGUUGCUUGCAUGAGAUCUUGGGGCAGGAAGCGGUGGUGAGCGGACUAUUUUCAGAACAGAAAGUGAGGAUGAUAAAGGACGUAUAUAAGGUAAAUCUCUCUUGAUGUGGGGGGACACAGUCUGUUUGGGGAAAAAUGAAGUUGGUUGCAAGCGAUAAGCCAGAUUACUUCUGCCAGUUACGAAUAAACACGAUCCUGCUCCAAAUCA